AUGCCGGAGAUAACUUCGAAGGGUGCCACGAUUUCCAAGAAGGGCUUCAAGAAAGCCGUCACGAAGACCCAGAAGAAGGAAGGGAAAAAGCGCAAGCGCAGCCGCAAGGAGAGCUACUCCAUUUACAUAUACAAGGUGCUGAAGCAGGUGCACCCCGACACUGGCAUCUCCUCCAAGGCCAUGAGCAUCAUGAACUCGUUCGUCAGCGACAUUUUUGAACGCAUUUCUGGCGAGGCGUCGCGCCUGGCGCACUACAACAAGCACUCGACCAUCACGUCGCGCGAGAUCCAGACGGCCGUGCGCCUGCUGCUGCCCGGCGAGCUGGCCAAGCACGCCGUGUCCGAGGGCACCAAGGCCGUCACCAAGUACACCAGCUCCAAGUGA